AUGCCACACUUGCUUGAUGUCUCAGUUCCGGAGCAGAGACACUCCAGCUGCUAUCUGGGAAGGCUCUGGCCCCAAAAAUAUUUAGUUAGCAGCCAUUCAGUUAAGUGGAAUUGA